ACGGUGGUUCCCCCAUUUUGCCUGUCGAGCUGCUAACGGCAGCUAGCUUCUUGUUUUUGUGCCUCUUGUAUCUUCAUUUAUGUUUGGUUUUUAUUUGUAUUUCUUGGCUGGGAGAGAAACUCUAAUAAGAAGGUACCGGUCCGCCCACUAAGGUCCGACCCGGAGGCCAGAAAGAUGGACGGGGGAGAGGAGGAAUUCAUGUCCGAUGAUGGAGGCGGCACCCCGGUUCAGGAUGAGCAUCCUCAAUCCGAUGGCGAGGACAUGAGAAGCGACGGCCAUCAGUCAGAGGACGAGGGCAGCAACGAUGAAGACGCCUCCAAUGCCAUGGAAACGGGCGGCGCAGCUAGCAGCUCAGACACAGAGGAGCGCCGCAAGGCAGACAGCGACUCUGAUGGCGAGGCCCCCAGGGGCCACAAUGACAAAAGUGACUCGGAGGCGGAGGCUCCGCGGCCGGCAGACAGCGAUGACGAGGACACUCCAGUCAAACGCAGGAUGAGCGGCUCAGAAAACGAUGAGGAGGAGUCGCCGGAGAAAAGAAGGACGAGCGGGUCGGACAAUGAGGAGUCGUCUCCGGUCAAACCCGCAGCGUCCGACAAUGAGGAGGAGGAGGACAGGUCCCCCGUUAGACGCAGAGGGAGCAGCUCAGAGGUGGAGGACGGGGAGGAAGCCACCAAAGCCGCCGCUCACAGCGACUCUGAGAACGAAGAGGAGAAACCUGCCGGGUCUCCGGACCGGCGCUCUGACAGUGACUCUGACACAGAGGCGCCCACCAGGCGCAAGGCGGCGCCCGUGGACUCAGAGGAGGAGGAAGGAGAAAGAGGAGGGAAGUGGAAGGGGGUGAUGCAGUCUGACAGCGAGGAGGAGGAAGGAGUACGAAGGAAGAACGCUGCAGCUGGAAGUGAUGAAGAGCAGCAGGAGGAAGGCAAGCAGCAGAGAGAGGACAGCGAUGAAGAGGACGAGAAACCAGUGAAGAGGAAGAAGGCCAUCCUGUCUGACAGCGAAGACGAGGACGAGGAUAAGGAAGACAAACCAGUUAAGAGGAGUCGGGCGGUGUCCGAUGAUGAGAACUCGGGUAGCGACGACGCUUCCGACGGUCCGGAUAAAAGCCUGGCAGCCAAGCUGAGGGAGCUCGGAUCAGACAGCGGGAGCGACGAGGACGACCAGGCCAAGCCCGCGACGGAAAAGGAUGAGAAGGCUCUGUUCGGCAGCGACAGCGACUCCGGAGAGGAGCAGGAGAAAAUUAUCGCCGAUAUCUUUGGAGAGUCCGGAGAUGAAGAGGAGGAGGAGUUCACGGGCUUCAACCAGGAGGAACUUGAGGCCGACAACAAGCAGCCAAAGGAGCAGCAGCAGGCGGUGGAGGAGUCGGACUCCGAUGAAGGGGUGGACCGCAGCGGGCAGGACACGAGCUUCAUGUCCGAUUUCGACAUCAUGCUGGCCAAGAGAAAAGCCAUGAAUAGUCGGAAGAGGCGACAUCGCGACGGAGGAACGUUCAUCAGCGACGCUGACGACGUUGUCAGCGCCAUGAUAACCAAGAUGAACGAGGCUGCAGAGGAGGAUCGGACUCUGAACAGCCAGAAGAAGCCGGCGCUGAAGAAGCUGACGUUGCUGCCGCAGGUCGUGAUGCACCUGAAGAAACAGGACCUGAAGGAGACCUUUAUCGACAGCGGAGUGAUGUCAGCCAUCAAAGAGUGGAUCAGCCCUCUACCGGACAAAUCGCUGCCUGCCCUGAGGAUCAGAGAGGAGCUGCUCAGGAUCCUGCAGGAGCUUCCCAACGUCAGCCAGGAAACCCUGAAGCACAGCGGGAUCGGCCGCGCCGUCAUGUUCCUCUACAAACAUCCCAAAGAAUCGCGUGCCAACAAAGACCUCGCUCUCAAGCUCAUCAAUGAGUGGUCCCGGCCGAUCUUCGGUCUGACCUCCAACUACAAGGGGAUGACGAGAGAGGAGCGGCAGCAGAGGGACCUGGACCAGCAGACGCCUCAGAAACGCCGACUGAGGUGACGGCCUCACAGGGUUCCCAGCACACCCUCCUCUUCCUC